AUGGUAACGACUGGACUAGAAACGACUACGAGUAAUGAGAGCACAGCACAAGAGAACACCACAGCAACUGUCACAAGUUCUGCUGCAACAGUGGGCCACAAACAGAUGCAGGUAUGUGUCUGUGGUUGGAGGAAAGUUACAUCACACCAUGGGCUGAGGAUCCACCAGGGGAAAAAGGGGUGUUUGGGUAAAGAGAGACAGAGAACUCGCAUUGAUUACUUUCUGCGAAAGCGAUCAAAUCAGUCGAAUGAAGCACAGCAACUGGACGCAAACCAUAGUUUGCAGUGCAUCAGUACCACUGUCAUGGAGGACAUAAACUCAAGCACCGAAGUAGCAACUGAGGUGGAACUAACAACAGGAGUGGAACUCACCCAGCCUCCCAGACCUGCAGUCGAGAGGAGACUACCAGGGCACAGACCGUAUGUGAAGUGGCCUGGCGCCAGUGACAAGAAGUUGUGGGAAACAGUGAAUACUGAUCUUACUUUGACCCUCGAGAGACUUCGAGGCACAGUGGAGAAGAAGUUGGAGAGGAUGGGGGACAUCAUCUAUGAGUACGGGACAGAAAGAUUUGGAGUGGAAGAGGCAAAAGGCGGGACAAAGGUUCCAACCCCACCAGUUUCCAGGAGGCAACAAGAAAUCAAGCGCCUCGUUCAAGAAAGGCGGCAGCUUAAGAAACAGUGGAAGAAGGCCUCGGAAGUGGAAAAGGAGGGCAUAGAGGCACUUCAGGCUGACAUCAAAACCCGGUUGGCAUCCCUCCGAAAAAGUGGAGCUCUAAAAACAACAAAGAAAGACCUAGAGGAGCACCUGAGAACAACAAACUUUGACUCAAAGCGACAUGAACAUCUGGCCAUCCCAUCAGAUAUCCCACCCAUUGAACCCCCGGAACAUCAUAUUGAGAUCAGCCCUCCGACAUGGAAAGAGGUGGAAAACACAGUUCGACGGGCAAGAACAGCAUCAGCCCCGGGGCCAAAUGGAGUCCCGUACAAAGUGUAUAAGAACGCACCAGACGUCCUGAGGUUCCUCUGGAGGCUUAUGAGAACAGCUUGGCAGAAGAAGAUAAUACCCAAAGUGUGGCGUAGGGCAGGCGGGGUCCUGAUCCCUAAGGAGAAGGAUGCAGUGAACAUCAGCCAAUUCCGCCCAAUCUCCUUAUUGAAUGUCGAGGGUAAAAUCUUCUUUAGGGUCAUUGCCCAGAGGAUGGCCGAGUACCUGCAAAGGAAUGCGUACGUCGAUACAUCUGUACAGAAGGCAGGAAUAUCAGGGUUCUCUGGCUGCUUGGAACAUUCCAGCAUGAUCUGGCACCAGAUCCAAAUGGCCAAGGUGGAGAAAAGGGACCUCCAUGUAGUCUUCCUCGACCUCGCCAAUGCAUUUGGCUCUGUGCCUCAUGAACUCCUGUGGUCUGCCUUCAGAUUUUUCCACAUACCGGACACCAUCACAAACCUGGUGAAGUCGUACUUCCAGGAUCUGCAGUUCUGCUUCACCACCUCAGAGUUCACCACCUCAUGGCAGUGCCUGAAUGUAGGUAUAAUGGCGGGAUGUACCAUUUCUCCGUUGGCAUUCACAAUGGCAAUGGAGGUUAUCAUCAGAUCCUCAAAAUGGGUUGCUGGUGGACAGCGAGUCGACUCUGGUUUCCGCCUCCCUCCACUCAGAGCCUACAUGGACGACAUUACAACAUUGACCACCACUGUCCCAUGCACCAGGAGACUGCUCAGAAAACUCGAGGAGAACAUCAGCUGGGCCCGUAUGAAGAUUAAACCAUCCAAGUCACGCAGCAUCUCGAUUGUGAAGGGAGUACUCUCUGACCUGAAAUUCUUCAUCGGAGAUGUCCAAAUCCCAACAGUGUCUGAGCAGCCGGUAAAAAGCCUUGGAAGGUGGUAUGAUGCAAGCCUGAAGGACAAAGACCAGGUGCAACAGCUGCGCAAAGACAUCAGUAGUAGCCUACAGUCCAUCGACAACACCCAGCUACCUGGAAAGUUAAAGGCCUGGUGUCUGCAGUUUGGUCUCCUACCCCGGGUGUUGUGGCCCUUAGCACUGUAUGAGGUUCCAAUCUCAACAGUGGAGAAGAUGGAAAGAGGAGUCACAGGCUACUUAAAGAAGUGGCUCGGAGUUCCACGAUGCCUUACCACCAUAGGCCUCUAUGGAGAUGGUGUCCUCAAGCUGCCCCUCACCAGUCUAACAGAGGAAUUCAAGUGUGCAAAAACCAGGCUCCAGAUGACACUGAAUGAAUCUCGAGACCCAGUGGUGAGCAACAACGCGCCGACCUUGGCAACUGGGCGCAAAUGGAGGCCAGGAAAAGCAGUCCAGGAGGCAACAGCAGCCCUCAGACAUGCUGACAUUGUGGGUCAUGUUCAGCAAGGAAGAGGAGGCCUUGGGCUAACUAGCCGUGCUGCUUGGAGUAAGGCCACUGCACCAGAGCGGCGGAAGAUGGUAGUGCAGGAAGUACGCCAUCAGGAGGAGGCUGCAAGGAGGGCCAAGGCAGUCUCUCUUGCCAAACAGGGACAGUGGACUCGAUGGGACAGUGUGGAGAAGAGGAAGAUCAGCUGGAAGGAUCUGUGGGCCAUGGAAGCGAGGCGGUUGAGUUUUUCAAUCAGAGCAACAUAUGACGUCCUUCCAACACCAGUUAAUCUUCACCAAUGGUAUGGUGAAGAUCCGGACUGUGCCCUCUGUUCCAUGCCAGCCAACCUCAGGCACAUUCUCACAGGGUGUAAAACAAGCCUCACCCAAGGACGCUACACUUGGCGUCACCCCAGACCUAUUCCCCAGCCCAAGUUCUAUACCCCAGCCUCAGCUCUAUCCCCCAGCCCCAGCUCUAUCCCCAGCCCCAGCUCUAUCCCCCAGCCCCAGCUCUAUACCCCACUCUAUCCCCCAGCCCCAGCUCUAUCCCCCAGCUCUAUCCCCCAGCCCCAGCUCUAUACCCCAGCCACAGCUCUAUCCCCCAGCCCAGCUCUAUCCCCCAGCCCCAGCUCUAUCCCCCAGCCCUAUCCCCCAGCUCUAUCCCCCAGCCCUAUCCCCCAGCCCCAGCUCUAUCCCACAGCCCUAUCCCCCAGAUCUAUCCCCCAGCCCCAACCCUAUUCCUCAGCUCUAUCCUCCAGCCUCAGCCAGAGCACCCUGUCGAGGAAUCCUCGAUUUAGCCAAGGAGACCUGGGAGACCCAACCAUGCCCCCUUUGAUGGCCCUGGAGGGCAAAGGAAAAGAGGAGGCUCUACCACAGGUGCGCCGACAAACAGAUGUCCUGUUCCACCAUAACCACACUGAACCCGGCAAGAAGGUGCGUAUCCGCCCUUACAGGAUUCCUGAGGCUCGCCAAGUCAUUGCUAAGAAAGAGGUAAGGGAGAUGUUGAGGAUGGGCGUGAUCGAGCCAUCGACGAGUGAGUGGUCCAGUCCCAUAGUCCUGGUCCCCAAAUCCGAUGGUAGUAUGAGACUCUGCAACGACUUUAGGGGCGUGAAUGCCAUCUCUACAUUCGAUGCGUAUCCCAUGCCCCGCGUGGAUGAACACUUGGAGCGCUUAGGAAAGGCCAAGUUCAUCACUACCCUGGAUUUGUCAAAGGGAUAUUGGCAAGUGCCGGUGGCUCCGGAGGAUUGCCCAAAGACUGCCUUCGUCACCCCAGAGGGGCUUUUCCAGUAUGGAUGCCCUUCGGACUGCAUGGUGCCACUGCAACUUUCCAAUGCCUCAUGGAUGCCAUUCUACGGCCCCAUCAAGAGUAUGCAGCGGCAUACAUAG